UUACUACUUGGACGGUUGGAUGGACGGUGGUAUUUUAAUAAGGAGAAGAAGCCGUUAAAAACUCAUGAAUAAUGAGACAACAAAGCUCACCACCUGAUUUCAACCCGUUCUCAAUCCAGGUUCUCUCAAUCCAGGAAGAGGAAACAUUUGUGGUGAUUUGUUUGACAUGAUGGAUUUGCAUUUUCCGACGUGAUGAUAACGGAACAACAAAGAAAUAGAUAGGCACCUGAGCAAAAAAGUCUAUUUGUCCGUUAUUGAUUAGGAAGUUAUACGAUACGACGACAAAGUACAUAUUAAUAUGUAUGCAACAGAUUCUUUCUGAAUUACCAGUUUGUUUUCGAAUUUGAAAUAUUGCUAGACACGUAUUUUAAUAAAUUUCGGUGGGUUUCAUAUUUACUACCGGAAGUGCGACUCACACCACUUUCUCUCUUACGCCAUGAAGAAAAGUUGUCUCGGAAACUUACCCCCAGUGGUGACUGGGACGGGACUAAAGAAAAUUACGUCAAAAAUUGAUACUGGCCGGAAACGUGUCACGACUGGGACACUGUUGACGACAACGAGUUCUACGACAAAUGUUUCUGCUAGCACGACCAGUUCAAUUAAGAGCAAACCUACUGGAUCGGCCAGUUCGCUCAAGUCGACAUCUUCAACGGGAACGUCGACAUUUCCACGAUCUCAGAAAGGGAAUCAAUCCAGGCCAUGUCAACCGUCCAAGGACCCCAGCGUUAGAGCGUUCGUUCAGGCGAAUGCUCGAGUCUCAAAUAUGACAUCGCUCUUUCAUGAUGAGGUGGACACUCAAAGUAUAUCUGCAGCUCUGGUCAAGAACGCAAGGAAAAGUGGAGUGUUGAACUUGUCAGGAAGAAAUUUGAUAAGCGUUCCUAUGAAAGUUUGGCGCAUUAAUGAACUUGACGAAAAUGAACGGUUAACCGUUAGCGUUUCAUUAGACGAUAACUCAGAAGACAAAUGGUGGGAGUUUGUGGACUUGCAGAAACUAAUUAUUGCCAAUAAUUACAUUAAAAAUGUCCCAUGCGACAUUAGUAAUCUACACUCGUUACAAACGUUCGACGCUCACGACAACCAAAUUAUCACUGUAUCAAAGGAUUUAGGAAAAUUGACCAACUUGUCGAAAUUAGAUCUCAGUCAUAACAUGUUGACAACCCUUCCUGAAGAACUUGGAGAAUUGAAACGGCUUGUAGAACUUAACUUGAGUCAUAAUUCGUUGGAAGAAAUUUCGGCAUGUUUUGGAAAUUUGACUAGUCUUCGUACUUUCAACAUUUCUCAUAAUAAUAUUUCUAAAUUUCCUGGUGACUUGGGUUUUCUAAGUUUUCUGCAGACAUUAAUCAUGUCAAAUAAUCAACUAACCGAGCUACCAGAGGAAAUCGGAGGGUUAUCAGGCUUGCGAACUCUAGAUGUGUCAUUCAACUGUUUGAAACUAUGUCCUGCCGGAUUAUCCGAAUUGGUUCAUUUGGAAAUCUUAUAUCUGCAACGGAACAAAUUAGAACAAAUGCCAGACGUCUCAAAAGCCAAAAAUUUAAAAGAGCUUUAUCUUCAGAAUAAUCUUAUCCGUGCCGUAAAUUUUGAGAAGCUGUCAAACACAAAGAUUAACCUGCUUGACCUUCGUAACAACAAAAUUGACGAUUUACAACUUGAUUGCGAGGAUAUGGAAUUUCUCGACAGACUUUAUUUGGAUAACAAUAACCUGGCAGAAUUACCCGAUGAUUUAGCAUUACUUCCCUCGCUGAAGGCUUUGACCUUGGAUGGGAAUCCAAUUCGUGGAAUUCGUCUCGAUAUUCUUCAACGUGGAACUCAAGAAGUAUUAAAAUAUUUGAGAGGAAGAUUGCGAUUAUCGGAAUCUUCAGAACGUGGCGACACAGGAGUGGAUUUAUUGCCGGAAAGAAAUAUUCCCGUUAAUAAUGUCGUUACCACAAAUGGGGGUAGUAGUGAUUUGGUAGUUCCUCCUCGUCCUCUUCCUUCUAGAAAAUCUAAAUCUCCAAGUCGUCGAAAAAGCGGUGGUGUAUCUGUGGAGGAGUUGGGGAUUGAUCCAUUUAAAUGUAAAGCGUCGAGAAAUCUGUUGCUAUCUGGCAGACAAAUUGUAAACCUUGAAACCAAUGUGUUUCAACUUGCUGCGGAUAAUGCAGUCACUUGCAUUGAUCUCUCAAAGAAUAUGAUGAUGACUCUUCCCUCAUCAAUCGAGUUGUGUCAAGAAUGGUUAGUGGAAAUAAAACUGGACUUCAACCGUUUGACAGAUGUGCCAUCAUCCCUUAGCAAAUGCUCACGGCUUCAGUACCUUACUUUACAGAACAAUCAACUAUCCGAGUUACCUGCUGAUUUUUCUCAUUUAAAGUCUCUCCGCGAAAUUAACAUAGGUUACAACAGAUUCAAUACAUUUCCGCCGUGCCUUUAUCAAAUUCCUAGCCUCGAGAUAAUCAUCAUGGCUUGCAAUAAGUUGGAUAAACUUGAACCAAAGAAUCUGGAAAAAUUGAAACGAUUAGCCGUCCUUGAUGUUCGAAAUAAUAAUAUUGCCAUAAUGCCAGCCGAGAUUGGACUGAUGACCCAAUUAAAGUCUUUAAGUAUUGAGGGAAACGCCUUUCGAGUGCCAAAUUAUCAAAUUAUUAGUCAAGGGACGGAUGUCAUCAUGGCUUAUCUUCGCAACCGAGUAAUCCAAUAAGUUCCUUAUACAUUUUCACAAUCAGCUUAUAUGAUACUUAAUGCCCAUAAAAGAGUAGUCACAUCACAUAGUCAAUAACUUCAGAUGGUGUAGUUGUGAUACCAUUUUUGUUGUAAAAAUUCAGAAUAUGUUGUCCUGAAUAGAAGACUUGUUUAUAAUAUAUGUAUAUAAAUAUAUACGCAAUUGUUUAUAACAUAA